UAAUCGGUGUCUGACGUAUGAUGAACGCCGAUGUGCACGCCCCCCAUUCCAAUGCUUCCUGACAAAGAUGGCGGCGACCUUGUGUGGCAGGCUUUUAUCAAAACAGGGAUGGCUGCCCUUGACGCAGAGUGUCCGGCAUGGCUCUAAGGCAGUCACACGUCACAGGAAGCCCAUGCAUAUCCUCAAACAGAAGCUGAUGGCUGUCACUGAAUACAUUCCACCCAAACCUGCAGCUCCCCCUGGCGCUCUAACCCCCCGAGUCAAACCAGUUCAGGAGGAAAGUGGCCUGGUGUUGCUCUUGAAGAAGGAAUUGCAGACCAUGUUCCAGGACUGUAAGAUGAUCGCUGUGAUCCAAAACAACGCCACCAAUUCAGAGGAUAUGCUGCUUCUCAAGCACAGGCUCCACAAGCAUGGCAUCAAAAUCAAGUUUAUCCCCAACCAGGUGAUGAGGUCCUACCUGGCAGACAGCCCGUACGUUAACAUGGGGCCUCUAUUCAUCGGCCAGACAGUUCUAUUUGUUAGUAAAGAGCCAAAGGUGAAAGAAGUGCUUUUGAGUUUGAGGACCAGCCCCCAGAUGGUAUUAUUGGGGGCCUGUAUAGAGAAGAUAUUGCUGAGUCGGCAAGGGGUGUUGAACUAUGCCAAGCUGCCGUCAGUGACCGUGGUCCAGGGAGAGCUGGUGAGUGGCCUGACCAUGCUGACCUCGCAGACAGCCUCCAUGCUGCAGCGCCACCCCGCCCACCUCUCAUUGCUACUCCAGCAGUACCUCAAACAGCAGGCCCCCGCAGGCAGUACCAACGGGACCCCAGGGGAGAGCCCCCCCAAGGCAGAGGAGACUUCUUAGGUCUAGGAGAUUCAUCCCCGUGGGGGAGGGGAAGGAUGUUGGCAGCACUAUGGCUACUGGGUGUUCAUGUCUGCAGAUUUGAGGUCUGCCUCUGUGACCUGGAGGUCAUACAAUGUACAGUACAACAUGAACUGCUACAACACCUCUUGAGAGCAACUCUUGGAGAAAACAUGUUUUUGUUCAUUAUUGUGAUUACUGCUCAUGUUCUGUUCUAAAGCCUCUUUGACCGUAUAAAAAAUAAAUUAUAUCAAUGCUUAAAAUAUUG